CGCUCCUGUUGAACCGGAUGUGAUUCCUGCUCCGUCUCGGUGUUGUCGUUGCACGGCCAAUGGCGGACGGAGCCUGAGCAUUUGUUCUGGAAAACGUACGUUUUGCACAAAUAUACUCGAGUAUCGAUCGGCCAGUCAAAGCUUUCAGAUCGCACGUGUGUUUUUGUCCCUGACCAGAUCUGUGCCCGUCAGCAUGGAUGUGAAUCUGACCAUCUCUCUGAUGCGGGGCCAGAUGGGCGCUGUUAUUGAGAAAGCCGUGAAUGUCGCGGUGGAGACCGUGUUAGGAGAGAUGAUCCGGGUGGUCGGGCUCAAAUUCGAGGAGAUCAAACGUGACAUGACCGCUAAAGAGAAGGAGAACGAGAACAUCAGGAGGAUGUUGGAGGCGUCCCGCUGUCAGAUGAAAACCAUGCGCAAGUACAUCAGCGUCCUGUCUGCUAAAGACCCUAACCACAGACUGUAUCAGGGAGAGGGAGACAUGGCUACAGCAUCCACAGGGGUGCACUGCAGAAGGAGACCGACGAGCACUGUGUCGGUGUGUGCCAAAACCCCAGAGCCCUGUCCCAGACCUAGAGUCUCUGAGCCCGCCCCCGUGGCUGGACCCUCAUGGGUGAGACAGCAGAUGCACAUGUCCAAAGAAACAGUAAGAAGUGAGAAUCACAUUGCUGAUGUCCAUAUUGAAGAUAUCCAUGGAUCAUCAGUUCAUAAAGUUAAGAUCUCAAGCCCUCGUCUGGUGGACAGUCAGACGCUUCUGUCUGAGAUUAGUGAUCCAGUAUGGGGUCAAAACCCUCUGGCCUCUGCAGAGACUGGGCACACAGACAUGCCGGACAGCAGCGUCCUCUCUGCACCCAUGAUGGCAGAUGAAAGCGUGUCAUCCCAAACUACAAGCACAGUGGCAUUUGGAGCACCUUCACGUAAAAUCAAACGGGAGGAAGCGGAAGUUGAAAUAGUCUGUGUGAAGGAUGAACACGCAGAAGCUGGCAGCAUCCCUAGAUUUGAAUAUUCUGACCCAGAACUUCACCAGGAAGUGGGAGAACCAGAGCUCGGGGUCUCAUUAGAUCUACCCGCUUCAUUUCAAGCUCUUCAGAGUCCAGGCACUGCAGCAGACAAUGCAAUCCCAGCAUUCAUGAGUGUGGACCCAACUACCUACACAGUAAUGGCAAAAACAGCUGCUGAAAAACAGAGAGAGUACAGGGCGAGAAGGGAUGCUGACCCGGCACGCAGGGAAAAGUACCUCAGGAAUGAGCGAGAGAGGUGGAGAAGAGAUGUUGAGACAGGGAAAAAGAAGAGAAUUGGUGACCUGUGUGAGAAGGCACAGAGAUGGAGGCGCAAGCAGUGGAGAGAUGCCAAAGAACGACAGAAGAGGAGGUUUUUCAAAAUAAUUGCUUCCUCUCCAGACAAUCCUGAACCCAGUCUGAUGGUGUUGCUUCAACCCUGAAGAGGAUGACAGACGACUGAUAAGUCAGGGUCAGGACAUCCCAGGUGGAUGGAAACUCAUCAGGGCCCUUGUCGAGGCCAGAAUAGCCUUAAAAGCGGGUUGGUUGACAAAGCACUUGAGAAGCACUUGAGUCCAACAACAACGAGUCUCCGCUAGAUGACUUGUGACCAAGUCAAUGAGCUGAACAAUAUUUGGCUGAGUGCAACAUUUUGUUUGUGAUGGACCUUAACCUUCACUGAACCUUGUGGCAUCUUGACAUAUUUCAAUUCACAGAUUUGUGGGCCAUGCAAAAUGAAUUUUACUCUUUGUAUUAAACUAUUAGUUUGUACUAUGACUUGUUAAAUGGAUGAAUGGAUGGAUGAUUGAAUCAAUUAAUGGUAUACUUCACCAACAGUAGCCACUUGAACCCUGUUAUUAUUUUCAACCCUGUUGGAUUGCAUUCAACCCUGUUACUUUUUUCCCUAUCACUGUUUUUGUAAUAUUCUGUGUAUUUAGUGUACUGUAUCUGAGGUAAUCAGUAAAUUACAAUAAUUUA